CGCAGUGAUUGGUACUGGAAAAUAGGAGUUGCAGUGAAAUGUCUUUUUUGUCCAGAUUUUGCCUUGUAGGACGGCAAUCUCAUAAGCAUGCAAUGUCAGGAGCAUUUCGACGGACUCUGAGUACAAGUCGAAGCCUUGGCGCAGCGACUAUGAGYGUCAGAGAAGCACUCAAUGCUGCCAUGGAAGAAGAAAUGAAGAGAGACGACAAAGUGUUCCUUCUCGGUGAAGAGGUUGCUCUUUAUGAUGGAGCAUACAAAGUUAGUAAAGGWCUUCACAAGAAAUUUGGAGACACGCGAAUCAUAGAUACACCAAUAUCUGAGAUGGGGUUUGCAGGUAUUGCCGUUGGUGCAGCAAUGGCUGGCCUGAGACCAAUUUGUGAGUUUAUGACCUUCAACUUUGCCAUGCAGGCCAUAGAUCAAGUGAUUAACUCAGCAGGAAAAACAUUCUACAUGUCAGCAGGGACUGUUCCAGUGCCUAUUGUGUUCAGAGGUCCCAAUGGUGCUGCAGCAGGCGUAGCAGCUCAACAUUCACAGUGCUAUGCUGCCUGGUAUGGUCAUUGUCCAGGAAUAAAGGUUGUGUCUCCUUACUCGUCAGAAGAUGCCAAAGGUUUACUGGUGAAGCGUUCAACUAUCUGGAUGCGCCAAUCUACCGUGUAACAGGAGCUGAUAUCCCAAUGCCUUAUGCCACAGAAUUAGAAAGAAACAGCACUCCACAAGUACAUAAUGUUGUUAAUACUGUCAAAAAAGUGCUUCAUCUAGCAUAAACAAUCCUUAUUUUUAUACCCAGRCUUGUGGAGAGAUUUUACUUGAAAUCCUAAGCAAAUUCUCUUCCAAUUGGAUCACGGCCUUAUAUGUUUUGUUACCAAGGUAAUGCAUGCAGUAACCGUGUUUCUAAAUUACCAGGACAACUGGAGAACUAUCUAGGAUAUAAGAACAUUGUGUUGCCUUGGUAGCAUUAUUGGUAACCAUGGAAUCUAGGCUACCUUGGAAACAGAACGUGUUGCUUUUGAGUCCAUGUUGACGCGUUUUCUUAGAGUUUUUGUUUGACGACGGAAACAGUACUAAAACAAUCCCAAAACGCACCCACAAGGGCGAGGUUAUAGCGACCAAAUUUUAUUCUUAAGACUGGUUUCAACGGAGUUAAAGGGUUUAACCUUGGAUUGUUUUAUACGGGAAUGUCUACGAUUAUCUAGAAAGCAUAAUUACUMGAAGAAGUAUUGUAUAAAUCGACACGUAAAAAAUGUCAAUUUGUGACAAGUGAUGGCCUGGCAGCAGCUUGUGUGUGCAAUUAAGGUCAUCUAUUGGAAUAAUUAAAAUAAUGUGAUAUUUUUAACAUCAUUA